GUUCAGCUCGGGACCCUGGUUGUGUAUUCCCUCUGACAAGCAGCUAUGGGAUUAGCAAAAUAGUCCAGAGAUGUGUGUUGUCUCCUUGGUCACCUCUGAAACACAUUGCACAUUUAAAUAUUUGUUAUUGUGACGUACCAGUGCUGAUUUUUAGUACACCGCCCAACGGAAGUAUGUUAAUUUUGGGUAAAUCUGGAAAACGAACUUGCCACCUCAGCUAACUCUGAGCUAGCUCAUUAGCAGGCUCGGCUCGACGACAUAAUAGGCUGCUGUGUCUCUGGGAACACCGUGUGCUCGUCGUGUCAGAUAAACCCAGCUAAUCGAGGAGAUUUUCUGACAAUAUCGUCGGUUUACUUAAUAUUUCACGAUUGCCAUUGUUGUGUAAUCAUCGGCCCAGGACGCGAGAUGGAUUGUCACUAGCUUACUUCGCCAGACCCGGUGUCUUCUCAGCGUUAGCGGAGCACUGCUCUCAUAGCGCUGGCUAAAAAUACACCUCUUGUGCGCCUCCAAAGGUGGUGGGCUAGUCACACUGGACUUGUCUUCCUCUUUUCUGGUCACCUUGUUCAGUGUUUGGCCCUCUACAUGGUCACCGCAGUGAGUUUAAGACGACUGGAAGAACUAGCCGGACCCCGAGGUAGUGAACCCCGCCGGCCUGAUCUAACGCCGCCUCGUACCGGCUGGUGGGCUUCAGGUCCACGGGUGACGAAACUGGGAUUUUGCGGAUCGGUGGCCGAACAUCAUUUUGCCCCAAUGGCACUGUCGUGUAAUUUAGUGGUAAUAUAACAAACCUUGGAACUUUGUGAAGGUCAGAGAAAAACGCUUUUGUGUCUGUCGGAGAUCCAUCUGUCCGCAGCACAGCAGCACCAUGUCGGAGGAUAACAAUGCAGACAAGUUAAUCAAGGACACAUCCAUUCUAGACGAGUACAGCAUCAACUGGACACAGAAGUUGGGAGCGGGCAUCAGUGGACCGGUCAGAGUUUGUGUGAAGAAGUCAUCUCAGGAACGCCUGGCCCUGAAGAUCCUCAUUGAUCGCCCUAAAGCCAGGAAUGAGGUGCGUCUCCAUAUGAUGUGUGCACACCACCCAAACAUAGUGCAAAUCCUGGAGGUUUACGCCAACAGUGUCCAGUUCCCACACGAGUCCAGCCCAAGAGCGAGGCUCCUAAUUGUUAUGGAGAUGAUGGAGGGAGGCGAGCUUUUCCACAGAAUCAGUCAGCACAGGCACUUUACCGAAAAGAUGGCCAGCCAGGUCACUAAACAGAUCAGUCAAGCCUUGGAACAUUGUCACUCCCUAAAUAUUGCACAUCGUGACCUGAAGCCAGAGAACCUGCUUUUUAAGGAUAACUCUCUGGAUGCACCUGUGAAGUUGUGUGACUUUGGCUUUGCCAAAAUUGAUCAAGGGGACUUGAUGACCCCUCAGUUCACUCCCUACUAUGUAGCACCUCAGGUACUUGAGGCUCAAAGAAGACACCAGAAAGAAAAGUCUGGAAUUAUACCUACCUCACCCACUCCUUAUACCUAUAACAAGAGCUGUGACUUGUGGUCUCUCGGAGUGAUCAUCUACGUGAUGCUCUGCGGCUAUCCUCCCUUCUACUCCAAGCACCACAGUCGCACCAUCCCAAAGGACAUGAGGAAGAAGAUCAUGACGGGAAGCUUCGACUUCCCUGAAGAUGAGUGGAGCCAGAUCUCUGAGAUGGCCAAGGACAUUGUCCGCAAGCUGCUGAAGGUGAAGCCAGAGGAGAGGCUCACUAUUGAGGGUGUCUUGGAUCACCCUUGGCUUAACUGCACGGAGGCUCUGGACAACGUGCUGCCCUCAGCGCAGAUGAUGAUGGACAAGGCGGUAGUGGCUGGUAUCCAGCAGGCCCAUGCAGAGCAGCUGGCCAACAUGAGAAUUCAGGAUCUGAACGUCAGCCUGAAGCCUCUUAACUCUGUCAACAACCCAAUCCUCAGGAAGCGGAAACUACUAGGCCCCAAGCCCAGUGAUGGUUUCUUCAUCCAUGAUCCAGAGAACGGAGGGGACGACUCCAACGUAGCGCUGGAAAAAUUACGAGACGUCAUUGCACAGUGUAUACUACCACAAGCUGGAGAGAACGAAGAUGAGAAGCUGAACGAGGUGAUGUAUGACGCCUGGAGGUUCAACAGAGACUGCAAACAGCUGAGAGACGGGCUGCCGGGCCUCAGCUGGGACGGACGAUCCUUCUCCGAUAAAGUCGACCGCUUGAAAUUGGCUGAAAUAGUGAAGCAGGCCAUCGAAGAGAAGACAAAUCUUGAAGAAUCUCAUUAGCAACCGCUGUCUUUCUAUCUUCUUUUUAUAUUGUUUAUUAUAUCUCUUUUUAACCCAUAUCUGUAAAGAGGCUUUUUUAUGUAAAAUGAUGUGCUAACUUUUGUUUUCUCUUGAAUUCACUUGCAAGACCUAUUGUACAGCUGUAGAUAUAUUUCAAAGAGGACUCAUUGGUACUACAAUUUUUUUUUUUUAAAGAACACUUGCGAAGAACAUUGAAAAAAAACAACAACUAUAUUUUCAUUUUUGCAAAAAAAGAAAAAAUCAGUUGAAGAAAUUAUUUUCUGGGAGGGAAUUUGUAUUCGCUGCUUUCCAAGGAGUCGCCUGUUUUAGCCCAGAUAUUUCAUUUUAUUCCGUUUUCUUACGUUUUAAUCAUUUUAAGAGUUGUAUUUAUUCAAGCACAGAUUUCCUUAUUUUAUACCUAAACUGUAGCCUGGCAGCGGGCUCAAAGUCAAGAGAAGCUGUCGACGCUGUGACUCUGUUCUUCCAAACACUCUUGAUUCAGUGUGCAUUUAAAUUAUAUAAAUCUUUGUUUUUGUGUAACUUUUCCUUAACUUUUUGUUGUGUAGAGAUCAAGGUAAGCUGCAAAUAGAGGUAAAGGAAAGUGUCUAGAAAUAUACAAAUGCAGCCCCAAAUGAGUUUUGUCACAACCCCUUUUUUUGAAGCCAGUAAGAUAUGGCACCAAAAGAUAGACUGCAAAGCAGGAACCCUGUGGCUCAUUUGGUUUAAUGAGUUUUGACCAAAAAAAGUCCUCCUACUAGCUUUUAACUGUCUCAUCGCCUUCUUUAAAAGAUGCAAUUUUAAGUUCCAGUUAAUUUAAGAAUUUGUUGUCAAACUGAACUCAAGAAAUGAACUUUUAUAGGCUCAACUAAAUCCAUGUAGGUUUUACAAGCUGCGUUAAACUCACACACAGGAAGUGAUCAUACUGAUUGUCAGCGUCUGAAGUUUGUAUCUGGCAAGUAAAAUGAAGUGAAUUGUUUUAUAUAAAGGUUUUUCUUAAAGGUCUUCCCAUUUCUGAUGUGACUCUAAAGGUCUUGGGUUCAGUCUGCAGUUAAAGUUGUGAAAACUGACCUGAACUGCUUUGACGUAAAGUUGUUUCUACUGCAAUUCAUACCGGAGUCAACUAAUAUUUAAGUACCUUUUUUAAAGCAAGAGUGUUUGCUACUUGAGUCAGCAGAAACACCGAGCGUCUGUGGUUCAAUGUAGGCCAUGAAUUUAUACAAGAAAAGAUCAUUAGAAGGGUUUCAGCAGCCAGUCCGUCUCAGUCUCAUUACACUUGCAAUAGGGCAAUAAUUAUGAUCAUGAAUUCAUAGUGCUUGUAUAUGGUACUGAAAUAUGAUGUAUCAACUUGUCAGUAUUCUAUCUGAAUGGCAGCAAAUGCUCCCUGCCUUCACUCAUCCCGAUCCGUUAGCUUUAAGUAUUUGUCAUGAAUUAGCGACAUUGUUCUGCUCUCGUCAUAUCUUAUAUUAUUUCUUCAAAAAGGGGUUGUAAGAAGGGAUUCCUGUUUAGGUGUUUUCAACAGAACAAGCCUCAGUUAGCUGGAGGUUCUCUUGAUCAGUGCCUGAUUAUAUCUUCUAUAUCGUUUUCUGUUUUGAAAAUAUUCUUAAGUGUAUGAAAUCCCCUUUUGCUAAGGUCUUAUCUUCAUACGGAUGAUAUUUUCAUGUCAAGAAUAAUGCAUUAGUCUUUUCUUCAUCUAAACGAAAAGUCUAUCGUGCAUUAUUACCAAACAUCACUGCAAUAGGUUGUUGCUGUCCUGUGAAAACAAGUUUUAUUUAGAUUACCUAAAGGAUAAGGUGUUUCUUUUUAAGUGGAGAAAAUGAUCCUUCUUCAGACACUAAAUAAACCAUUUAAAAACACAUUGGAUUAUCUGUAAAAUAUAGUCUCAUAACAAAAGGAGUUGUAUUUACUUAUAGGAGACAGCACAGUGAUAUUUAAACUGAUCUUUUUCACACCAUUUGCAACCAACAUGCAGUUUAAAGAUGAUCUUUCUUAUUCCAGUUUGUGUUUAGCAAGAGCAAUCAUUACGUACAUGAUUCUGAGAGAUUAGUUUGACUCAUGGUUUCUUAUACAGUCUGAUGAUAUCCACGGCAAGUGUCUGAAAAGGACUUGGUUAUAAUUGCAACAUUUCACUCAAGUGUGCCUUGUUGAUCUGGCGACAUACUCCCCCUUUUACUGCUCUUAUCAAUACAGUGAAUUACAGGGUGAAGUGGAGACUCAGUGUAAAUAGUGAUUGGUGUUUGUCCUUUUGGAUGUGAUUUGCUUUUUUUCCUGUUCAGAAAUGACGGUUUUCAUGACACAAAUUUGUUUUUUGGUUGCACCUCUAACAAAUUAAAGAGAUAGUUCAACAUUUUUGGAAAUAGGCUUAUGCACUUUCUUGCUGUGAAAUUACAUGAAGACUGGAAACGGAGAAACUAUGGCCUGUAAUUCAUCCUUUUACCUUUUUACUACCUAAUGUGAUUAAAUGACUCCCAGCCAAAAAAUGGUCCGGAUACAAACACAUAACCUUCUUUAAAAAAAGUUUAAACUUUGUUUUUUUGUACGUGCAAUAGAAGUGCACGUGUCUUAUAAUUAACAGAAAGUGAUAUUUGAGUGUUAUCAACCUCAUACCGCCACAAAGCAAAUUAAGCGUAUUCCACAAAAUGGCCAUUUCUGCUUUAAUUCAUCAGCAGUUUUUGUUUGUUGGAUCAUACAGACAUAUGUCUUUCAGUGUUUCACUAAAAGUGGAACUUAAUGCUUUUUUUGUUUUUAAUUUAUCUGUUUUAUCUGUAUGUCAUUCAUGUGUGUGUGUGUGUGUCUGGUUCAGUAUGCUAAGCCUAAUCUGUAUUACUGGAGGCCUAUAAAUGAAUCAGAGCUGCUACCUCCCGGCCACAAAUAACAGACUUUAUAUCCUCUGCUACCUGAAAGAGCAUUGUUGUUGAAGGGUAGUGUAUUUAUUUUGUACUGUAAAGUCAAGGCAUGUAUCUUGAUAUUUGAUACUAACAAUUAAAACCCCAAGGGGAAUAACACAGUCCAGCUCAGACACCAUGCUGUUUGCUGCUGUCCCUGAGGGCAGCUGGUUUUAAAGAUGGUACCUCCCUCUCACCCUUAUACUGGGCGGAGCUGAUGCCCUCAGACAUGCAUUCAGGCUUACUGCGCUUUAGACAUAUUUCAAAAAUAGGAUUUUAUAUAAGGACAGAUUUCUUGUUCCCUCGAUGGAUGCUGACUGACGAUGAAUAUCUGUACUUUUUUGAUAUAUCAUUAGAAAUGACCUGAAAGGCAGAAAUAGUGUAGGGGCAUUUCCUUUUCUUGAUAAAUACCAUGUUGCUUCCAUUUUUAUACAGUUUUGAGCCAUCCCUGGGAUAAGUGAGGAAGAAAUGUUGAGGAAAGGAAAUAGUUUCAAGCGUCGGAGGCUUUAUCUGCUUUUGUUUGUUUUCCCCUGGACUGGCAGUGAUGUAGCGUACCUGAAUCUCUCAUGAAGACUUGCUGUAUUUCUGUCUUCACAUCAACAUUCUGUCUUUUCUGUCUUUUUUUGGAACAUCAACAUGCUGACUUUGUAAUAAAGGAACUCUUUGAAAAAAA